CUGAGGCAGCUUUUUGGGAGUGCUGUGCCUGCUUUCCCUCCAAAGUUUUACCUGGCAAUGACCAAGUCGAUGGCAGAUGAGAGGCGGUCUCAGCUGGAGCAGUACCUUCAGAAUGUUACUUUGGAUUCAAAUAUUACCAAUAGUGAUGUCUUCAUAGGAUUUUUCCGAAAGCUACAGCAGGAUACAUUUAAGAUCCAAACCCAGAGAGCCUUUUUGGAUGUCUACCUCGCUGAUGGCAGCAGUAUUAAACUCGAUAUCCAGACAUCGGACACUGCAGAAAGAAUAUUAGAGGUUACAUUGUGCAAGAUUGGGCUAUCAAGAGAAUUAAUAAAAUAUUUUAGCUUAUUUUUCUUUCAAGAUCAUGAUGAUGGAGCACUCUCUGUGGUGAAAAAAGUGGCAGAAUUUGAACUUCCUUAUGUGAGUCUGCAGAGCAUGAAAGAGUUGCACUGUAAGCUUGGGAUCAGAAAGUGGUAUAUGGAUCCUUCUUUUGAUACACUGCUGAUGGAUUGUAGAGCUUCACUGGAUUUGCUAUAUAUGCAGGCAGUCCAGGAAGUUAAGAGGAAUUGGGUUAAACCAACAGAACGGCAGAUGCAGGAACUUGAAUUUCUACAAAAAAAUGCAAACAAAGCAAAGUUCCUGGAGCUGAUUCGAGAAAUGCAGUUCUAUGGAUACGUUCGGCUUGAUCCUUGCAUUUGUGACUAUCCAGAAGAAGGCUGCUCAGCUGACAUCUAUGUCGGCCAUAAUGAGAUUAACUGCUGCAUAAAACUGCCUACUAACCAAACCAAAGAGGUCAGCUUUAAAAUCAACAGGUUAAGAACUUGGCAAGUUUCUUUUCUUGUAAGUACUUCACUGACUUUGGAUGGCGAAGAUGACACUCUGGAGCUCAGAUUUGAGUACAAUGAUUCAGGCACAUGGCAAUGGAUAAUUUUAUACACAAAACAGGCCUUUUUGCUCAGUAACUGCUUGAAGAAAAUGAUAUCAGAACAGAUGAUGAAGACAGCCAAAGAAGGCCAAGAAAUGGAGACCAAGAUGCCUGAAUCCAUGAAAAAUAGUCAGAAAUCCAGCAUCCAACAAAAGCAGGUAGUUCAUUCGGGUUUUAUAUCAAGGAAAAGAUUUCUGGUUAGGCCAAAUGAGGACAACUGUGUGUUUGAGAAAAUAAGAGAAGAGGACCUGUGA